AUGUAUACAAACUCCAACACCACAUUUUCACGCGCCACCGAUUCCCUCACCAAUUUCCCCUCCCCCAUAGACACCUGCGACUACGGCUCGCUAUCGCAACUCAACUCGGAGGUGACCUACAAUAAUAAUGCUGGUGGAAAUUAUAACAGCUGUAGCAGCGGGUGUACUAGCUACAUGGGAUCGCCGAGUUCGCUAGCGAGUUACGAGACUCAACAAGUUUCACACCGGUUGAUGCAGAGAAGCAUUAGUAGCCACUCGCUGCAAAAGACUCAUGGACCCCACCGUCACCAUAACCAUUUUUCUUCUCUGUUUGCUGAACUGCUUGAUUCAGAGAAUGCUCCUGUGCGUCGAGUUUACAGUGCCGGUGAUGUUCAGAGAGUUAAUGGAAUGCAACAAUAUUAUCAUCAAUCAGAUAGUCCUUUGGCAACAGAGAGCAGCAUGAUAAUAGAACAAAUGAGCAGACCAGCUAGUCCUUACAGCCCACAGGAAAAGAAGGUUAGGAUUGAGAGAUAUAAAUCCAAGAGAAACCAGAGGAACUACAACAAGAAAAUCAAGUAUGUUUGCAGGAAGACAUUGGCAGACAGUAGGCCACGAGUUAGAGGAAGAUUUGCUAAGAAUGAUGAAAUUGUAAUGAACCCUCCAAUUCAAUGGAGCCAUAAUAGUAGUAAUAAUGGAGAGGAAUUAGAAGAUGAUGAAGAAGAGGAAAAUUGGGACAAUUUAUUUCACUCAUUGCUUCCUACUUCAAAUCUACCUCAUGACGAGUCUCAAUAUAGUUCUUCCUUUGGUGUGCAGUAUUAA